GGCACUGCGCCUGCGCCUGCGCGCGUCCGCGGAGUCCUUGAGCGGCCGGGGCGCGGCGGCACCGCGGACAUGCAGCGCUGGGGCCGCGUCUCCUGUGCGCUCGCUCGGAGAAGCCGUUUUGAUCGGAUUCAUCAUGGUCUUCAGGGGGUUUGUGCAGUGCCACAAAGGUCCUAUGCUGAUCAAGUUGAUGCCGACGUCACGGUUAUUGGCUCUGGGCCUGGAGGAUAUGUUGCUGCUAUCAAAGCAGCUCAGCUUGGAUUUAAGACUGUCUGUGUGGAAAAAAAUGCAACAUUAGGGGGAACCUGUCUGAAUGUUGGAUGUAUUCCAUCCAAGGCCUUGCUGAACAACUCACAUCUGUAUCAUUUGGCCCAUGGAAAAGAUUUCGCUAGCAGAGGAAUUGAAAUUACAGGAAUCCGUUUGAAUCUAGAGAAGAUGAUGGAACAGAAGAGUAGUGCAGUGAAGGCCUUAACAGGUGGAAUUGCUCAUUUAUUUAAACAAAACAAGGUUGUACAUGUAUCUGGGUUUGGAAAAAUAACUGGCAAAAACCAAGUCACUGCAACUAAAGAUGAUGGCAGCACACAAGUUAUCAAUACAAAGAACAUACUCAUAGCUACAGGCUCAGAAGUUGCACCCUUCCCUGGAAUUACUAUUGAUGAAGAUAACAUUGUGUCAUCCACUGGUGCACUGUCACUGAAAAAAGUUCCUGAAAAGAUGGUUGUCAUUGGUGCAGGAGUCAUUGGUGUGGAACUGGGUUCAGUUUGGCAGCGCCUCGGUGCAGAUGUGACAGCUGUUGAGUUCAUGGGCCAUGUUGGUGGAAUGGGAAUUGACAUGGAGAUUUCUAAAAACUUCCAACGUAUUCUUCAGAAGCAGGGAUUCAAGUUUAAACUGAACACCAAAGUUACUGGUGCUACCAAGAGACCAGAUGGAAAAAUAGAUGUAGCUGUUGAAGCUGCUGCUGGUGGCAAGGCAGAAGUAAUAACUUGUGAUGUGCUCCUAGUUUGCAUCGGUAGGCGCCCUUUUACAAAAAAUCUAGGUCUUGAGGAACUUGGAAUUGAACUUGAUAAGAGGGGAAGAAUUCCAGUCAACAACAGAUUCCAAACCAAGAUUCCAAACAUCUAUGCUAUUGGUGAUGUAGUUGCUGGACCUAUGCUGGCCCACAAAGCUGAGGAUGAAGGCAUUAUUUGUGUAGAAGGCAUGGCUGGGGGAGCAGUUCACAUUGACUAUAACUGCGUUCCCUCUGUGAUCUACACUCACCCUGAAGUGGCCUGGGUUGGAAAAUCAGAAGAACAGCUGAAAGAAGAGGGUGUGGAAUACAAAAUUGGGAAAUUUCCAUUUGCUGCAAACAGUAGAGCAAAGACAAAUGCUGACACAGAUGGCAUGGUGAAGAUACUUAGUCAAAAGUCUACAGACAGGAUGUUGGGUGCACACAUUUUAGGCUCAGGUGCUGGUGAAAUGGUGAAUGAAGCUGCCCUUGCUAUGGAAUAUGGAGCAUCGUGUGAAGAUGUAGCCAGAGUUUGCCAUGCCCAUCCAACGGUGUCAGAAGCCUUCAGGGAAGCAAACCUAGCAGCAUCCUUUGGCAAAGCUAUCAACUUCUAAAAUGAAAGAGCAGAUCUUUGUACAUAUAUAGUACAUCUCUGAAAAUGGACUGUGGGCCCUUAUGGAAGGCUGAGUCUGAGGAUUUUAGGACUGACUUAAGUGAAUAUCAUAAUUUUAAACAUCAGAUAUUUAAACAAGUAGAGUUUGGAACAAGUGGAAUUAUCCAGUCUCUGUAAAUUAAAUACUUAAAAUUACAUGUUUCUUUACACAAUGAAUGUUGCAGAAAAGCAGCCUGACAGAACUCUUUUCUUUUCCAAAACCAAACGUUUUGCUGCUGCAUGGGAUUAUCAGGUGUGCUGGUCAAAACUCUGGAUAAUUGUCCAGAAUACUUAGUGUUUUCUUAUUUGAAGUAGUGACACAAUAAACCAGUUAAAUGCUGGCACUUAAAAUGCCACUGGCACUUAAAAUGCCACUGUCACUUCCGCACAAAAAAUGUGUUUUCUUCUGAAGGGAUUAACUUUGGUGUUUAACCUUCUUCUUGCAUAUGAGUACCAAAACUUGUUUUGACCUAGUAGUGUUGGGAUGCUGGGAGAGGAGGGGCUCAUGUAGAUCAAUUACAAUUAUAUUCACUUUCUAAAGAGAAAAUUACUCUCUGUGUGAUUCUCCAUGUCAUGUUUUCAUAUUGAAAACUUGUUAGGGGAAAAAUUGAGUGCUGAUUGAGAAAUGAAAGAUUGAAGACAAAUUCAUUGUACUGCUACCUAAUUUUUUUUGGUUUUAAAGCUUCCAUUGUCCAGCUCUCUUAAACUUGAAAUGCUAAAACUGGGUAGUGAAGCAGUGUUUGCUGUUAAGUGCUAUGACAUGAGGGUUCUGCACCUUCCACCCAUAAGGGCUGCAGUGUCAGCUCUCCACACAAUUAAGAUAUACUUUCUUCUCUUCUGUUUUCUAUUUUGUUCUCCCUUUCUGUCUCUUCUGCAGCAAGAGAGCUUAAUAAAUAUUUGACAUGACUGGAGGGUCUUCUUGGAUUUUGUUUGCUGAUUGGAUCCUUGUAUUGUCUAGGUUGUUGAUUAUGUGAGGAAGCUCACAAACAGAUGGCAUACUUGGAAGAUCUUUAAUAUGUAUAUGGAGCGUGCCUAAAUCCAGUAGCUCAUUUUAACUUUUCUAAGGUGCCAUUACUUCUUUUUUGUCAGGUUCUUCUGCCUUGAAGAAAACCCUAAUACCUGCUGGUACUGUGCAUGUCCUUUUUCAUUAUGCCAAUGGAAUGAGAAGUGUACAUUUAGAAAGUAGUGCUACAGCUACUUGGUUUUGUGUAUAGACAUGAUAGUUGCAUCUUUCUAGUUUGCUUUAAUAGCUUCUUAUUCAAGUAUUGAUCCAUUAUCCAUAGUGAGUGAUGGAGAUGGAUACCAGCAUUACCAUACCAGUUAAUUGGCAAAACACCAGAUACUCUUUUUCAUUGUGAUUUAUUUUCUUAACUCCUACUUUAAAUGUAGAUGGGGUUAAACCAUGACACCUCAUUAAGCUUAUCACCAUCUGAUUCGUGGGUAUGCUGGGUUAGUGAAUUAAUGUGGAUCUGCUUUCAGGUGUUAGUAGGAAGCUGCUGAAUGGAAAGCAAAGCUGAGACAACAGGGAAGAAAAGCUUGAUUCUUCCCAUAGAUCUUGGUAUUUCAGAAUCACUUCUAGCUUAAGGCAAGUGAAUGUUAAGUGUUAAUCAUGUGAUUUGCAAGUUCUUCCCAGAAGCCUUGCUCUUGGAGUAACAGUUUUGUGUCCACUCCCUCCACCUCCUGAAUACUUGUAGCAGCCUUACUGCAAUUCAUUUUUGAAUUGCAUCAGUUACAAAAGUUUGUGUGUCAUCUUAUGUUAAAUGAAGCUUGAAAAGCCUGGGAAACUUACAACCAGUACUACUACUAAGUCUGUACUGGAGACUAUAGUUUUCCAGACAUUUAAAAAUAAAAGUCAAGGCCUUAAAAUUA